UAGCAACAACAUCCGGGGCCACCGCGCCUCACUCCCCCCCCCCGCCCCGCCACGUGUGCCCCCCCGCCCAUCUCCCCCCCGUCAACACCGCCCUCUCUGCCGGGUUCCGCCCGCGGCUCGGUCCUGCCUGUAUUUUUAUUUUUCGCCCCAGCGGCGGCCGGGGCGGCAGCUCGGCGCUGUAAGGGGCGCUGCGCACCGCCGGCAAGAUGCUCUUAGCGCCUGUUGGUGUCGGGCAGGGAAGGGGGAUGACCACCUGGGGCGUGUAAAUCCCCCCAAAACCCAGAAAUCAGCUACACUUUCAGUGUGCCUGCAGGCAGACUCGUCACUGCAGCUGCAGCCUCCCUUUUUCACUCGUUCUUCCACUUGCGUACGAGGAGACUUCCCCACAGUCAUCUCCGAGGCACCCUGCUAGGCCUCGCCGAGCGCUGGAUGCGCGUCUCGGCUUCGAAGCCCUUUUCCCCUGCCCGGGCGUUCGCGGAGUUAAGAUUGACCGUGCUGGUAGUGACGCGCCGGCGGCUGUGCCAAGGGCGAUGCCUGCGACAGCGGGAUGCUUCGGUCUAAUUAAAGCCGCUGGCAUCCCGGAGCGGCACUCGCAAGGCAACGCGGGGCACCAUGGCGGCGGCUGCGGGGAGCUCUGCGCCGCUGCCCACAGGAAGGAAAAAAAAAAGCAUUUCUAUCGAGGAGAAGAUUGACAUAAUAAGCGCGGUGGAGAGCGGCAAGAAAAAGGCAGACGUGGCAGCGAAGUAUGGCAUAAAGAAGAAUUCGCUGUCUUCGAUUUUGAAGAACAAAGACAAAGUUUUGGAAGCCUUCGAAUCUCUGGGGUUUGAUCCUAAAAGGAAAAGGCUGCGGACUGCUUUCCACACCGAUCUGGAGGAGGCGUUAAUGAAGUGGUACAGGAUCGCUCAGUGCCUGAACGUGCCCGUAAAUGGUCCUAUGCUGCGCCUCAAAGCUAACGACUUUGCCCAGAAACUCGGCCACGGUGAUUUUAAGUGCAGUAACGGCUGGCUUGAUCGUUUCAAGUCAAGGUAUGGGUUAGUGCUCAGAGCGCGGCCGGCAGGAGCAGCUGCGACUGCCGCAGUGGAUGCUUUGACUCUUUGGUACCAAAAUGUUCUUCCUUACUAUUUGAAUGACUACCAGCCAAAAAACGUGUUUAAUGUAAAGGAGACUGGACUGUUGUAUCAGAUGUUACCUAAUAACACAUUUUCAUUUAAAGGGGAAACCUGUUCUGUUGGUAAGCUGAGCCGAGAGCAAAUAACCGUUGUGGUUGGCACGAAUAUGGAUGGCUCCGAGAAGCUUCCUUUGCUCGUUAUAGGGAAAAACAGAAGUCCACGCUGUUUCAAAGAUGUGAAGUCGCUGCCUGUGGACUAUGAAGCAAACGAUAUGGCCUGGAUGACUCCAGAAGUGUUUGAACAGUGGGUGCGUAAACUUGAUGGAAGAUUUCAAGCACAGCAGCGACGAGUAGUUAUUUUUGUUGAUCCCCUCCCGGCUCACUCAGAGGUAAAGAACCUGAAGGCUGUUGAAUUAGUGUUCUUUCCUCCAGACGCUUCCUCAUGUAUAGCUAUGAAACAAGGGGUUAUCAGAAGCUUGAAAGUUAAAUACAGGCACUGUCUUAUCAAGAGAUUUGUUGACUGCGUAGUAGAUAAUAAAGAGUUUAUGUUAACUCUUCUUGAUGCAGUGGAGAUGUUGCACCUGUGUUGGAGGAAAGUAGCACCAGAGACUAUUGUUAAAAGUUACAAGGAAGCAGGAUUCAAGUUAGAAACUGAGGAAAAUGAUAAUAAUGACGCAGAGUUUGAAAGUGAUUUUGACUUGAUUGCACAUGCACUGGCAGCCGGAGUAGAGUUUCCGGAAGGUUUAUCUUUGGAGGAAUGUGAAGCUCUGGAUGAAGGUUUGGCAACUUGUGACGUGCCCACAAGUAAUGAAAGGAUGUUUCAAAGUGCCGAAGAAAGCACUUCAGAUAAAGCUGGGACAUUUGUUGAUGAUGAAGGUGAUGAUGAAGGUGAUGGAUCUCUGGCAGCCAAACAGCCUUUGCCAUCAAAAAAUGAGGCUCUGAGUGCUUUAGAUACCCUUCGAAGGUUUCUCAGGAGUCAAGAUGUGAAUGAUUCCCUUCAUAAUUCCCUAGCUGACCUGGAGGAUUUUAUUCAACACAUAGCAUGUGAAUAAAUAUUGUUAACAAAACAUGUAAUUGAAAAAAGGAGUUAUUUAAGCAAACACAAAUAUGGCAGCUUAUAAUAAGUGUUGCUGCAAAGUUUUCUAGUAUGUCUUGCUCAGGUGCCAAGCUGUACAUAAUAAAUGAAAUUUGAAAUUAUGAAAAAGGGCUGUGAACUGAAGUCUUCCAAAAAUUAGGAGGAAAGAAAAUAAACUUUCAGGUGGAGAGAGGAAAUAACUUGAACUUUAAUAUGGUGACUGUAGUAGGUACAACAGACACAAAAAUAAUUCUUACAAGUUCUUCUGUGCACUCUGGGUGGACUGGUGCCCACUUGGAAAUCUGUGUCCAUGGAGAGGUUAGCACUUCUUCAACAUGGAUAUUCACUAAUAUCUUUGGUAUUAUUUAACAGUAGAACAGUAAAUAUUUAUGAGCUUGGUGCUACACAAAAAAUUGAAUAACACAGAAAAUUGACACUUGAGUCCUGAGAACCAAGGGCCUUUUUUAAAGUAGAAUUUUCUUGUACUUGUUCAACAAUCUUGGCCAUAGGUUUUUCUUAAGUGAUGAACAGCAGAAAGUUAGCAGCUUUGAAUGUGUUUUGUUUUCUUAAAGCUGCUCCUGUGUGGAUAUACAUGAGUGGCAUAAUUAUUUAUCAGUCAAAAGACAAGCAAAACUUUACUUGUUCUUUGAAGGAUUAUUUUCCCAAAAUGGGUCAAGAAGGAAGGUCAUGCUUCUCCCUUCCAGCGUUUUUGACAUUUGGAUUUCUUUAGGCCUUUCUGUUCAACUGUAUGUAUUUCUGCAGUAAAAUCUGCCCUUGAAAACUUACUAAGAUCUUGCUGUAUUUACUGUAGUUAGUAAUAAAACAAAGUACUUAAACCUGUCUUCAUACCUGUGCAGUGCUGUAUAGCAUGGAGACUUUGCUGUAGGAUUCUAUGCACCAGUGCAGUUUACUAUUACAGACACCAUUAGCAGGGGGGUUGCCGGUAUUAUUGCAGUUUGAAUGAAGUAAAUCAUAGUACAUUCACAAGCCUUCAAGCAUGUGUUUCAAUCAGUGUAAUCAUACCAUAGCCAAAAAUCUGAAUACAUAUGAGGCCUACUGUUGGUGACUUUUUUUUCAAAACCUUAUACAUUUUAGCCUCUUUUAAAUAUUUUCCAUAUCUACCAAUUUUAGCUUUUCAAAAGUUAGAGAUGUUCAUUUUUCUAAUUUAGAGGGAGAAUAAAAUGUUUUAUGGAAGCCCUUUAGGAAAUCUGUAUAAUAAAAGUAUCCAUUAUGGGGCUGAGCUGUGAGAAACAAGCUCUUGCUUAUUUGAAUGUUUAAUUUUCAAAAAAUGGCUUGGCUAAAGCUUUGUUUACUUUCCUGGUGGAGGACAGUUUAUCAGUUUGCUUUUCAGAAAACAUUGUAUCAAAAUAUUGUAAGAAAGUGAAAAUACACAUUUUUUAUGUGAGAAAAUUCCUAUGGCUAAAGUGUAUGAAUGUUUUACUAGACUCUCUAAAAAAAUUAUCUUGUGGUUUCCUAUUAUAAAAUAUCUAAUGUGAAUUCCAUCCAGAACAUAUUCUGAUGAGAUGCCUCUGUUGAAAUUCAAAUAAAUAAAGCCCUACCCAGAGAUUUAUAGAUUCUGUGAAAGAGGUAUUCCCCUCCAUUAUCUAACUAUUUUGUUAAAAUACAGGUACAAACUUUUUUAAAUUCAGAAGUUGUGUCAGGAAACAAUCACUAAAUGUCACUUGCUUGAAUACUUUAAAUUGAGCUUUUUUUUUUUCCUUCGCUAAGCUUAUUUUAAGUUUGUAUAAAUCCCAUAGAACCCUGUGGAUAAUUUUACUCCACAAAUCUUACGAUUCAAAGCCCAUAUUUUUCUACUCAGCAGUUUCUCUUGCUAAAGGUAAAUUUAGGGAAAAGUAAAGUAGUGUGUCCCUGUUUCUAUUAUCCAUAUGGUAGAUUCCUAUGUUCUUUAAGAUUGGACUCUACGUGGACCUGCUCAGCCUGGGAUCCUGAGGAGACGCUGUGUUUCCUUCUAAGGGAAUUCAGAGUGUGAAGUGCUGAUCUCAUGAGAAAGGCUUGCCUAAGUGAGCAGCAAACCUUAGUUAAGCAAGGGUUUAAUCUCCAAGAUCUGUUGUCUUUGCGUGGUGCAGCUUCCAAGACCAGGAGAUCUGACAUAACCUAGUUAGCUGAUGACUAAGGAAUUUAAUUCUUGGAUAUUUACUGAGUGCUGUAAUACUCACUCAUGGAAAUAAAAGGGAGAAUAUUCUAACUGGGGCAGGACUUUGAAGGUGAAUUGUGGAACUUGCUUUAUAAAACAAACAAAUGAGUUGGCAAGAUUCCUUUUCAGAAUAUAUGACUUUCUUUCUAGCCUCUUUCUUUCUGAGAAGGCAAGCUAAAAUGCACUCACUAAAAUAAUUUUUUAGGCCAUCCACUUUGUAUUCUAACACGAUAGCUUUCAAAAUUAUUUAGGAGUCCAAAUAUUUCUUGUCACUUGGAUUUUGUUCAUAUUUAUUGUUGAAUACAGAAUUUGAGAACCAUCUUCGAAGCUUGAUGCUGCUUCAGGUGUCCGUCCAUAGGUGAAAUGGAGACUCCUUAGAUCCUAAGUGCUAACAGUGAAGGAGAAUGUGGUAGUGUUAGUAAUUUUAGUCUGCGUACACCAUCUGAGCUGGAGAUUGCUUGAUACUGUUCAGGUAAACCUUCAAGACAUUGGUUCUUGUAGUCUGUGGUGGCAUCUGUUAGAGACAGAAGAGGAGGGACAUUGCUUUAGACUGCACAUAUUUAAAAUAAGAAUCUUUUCUACAAAAGGCAGGUUAGUACGGUGGUCAUUUCCUUUAAUACUUCAGAUGUUAUUUUGAACAACUGUGUGGUUUUUUUCCUGUACCCUUCCCUACUUCCUCCUAUAGUUAGAUAAGAAUUAUGUACUUUAGCUUCAAGUCAGUGAGGUCACUUUCUGUAUCCCAAAGUUACUUCUGGAAGUAUGAACUGAAAAUAUGAAGCCUUAAGAAUAAAAGUAACUUCCAAACAAGGCCAAAAAGGAAAAAAGAAAAGUGCACUUGAUUUAAUCAAAAACAACCUCAGAGAGUUAUUCUUGAAACCAGUAAUAUGUAAAAUUAAGUAUUCUUUUCAAAAUAAUAUCUGCAUUGGAAAAUGUUAAUAAAAAUUACAUUAUUUGCAAUUUUA